CGUCCUGAGCCCCCAAAAUCGCCUCUUGGGACCCUCCUGCGACGCUCUUGGGGCGCUCUUGGGCGCUCUGAGGGCCGCAAACGGGCGAGAAGGCAGCAAACAAUUGAAGCAUCUUGCGGGCCGUCGGGGAGCAGCACUGGCGCGGCACCGACCUGCUGCCCCCCGGGUUGGACCGCCGCCGGCGGCAGGUUUGCGCCGACCGCCGCGUGUCUCCGCAGCUCAGGAGGGGGCACUGCGCGACCGCCGAGGUCUCACAGGUCCGCCCCUUCUUGGUGGCGGCCCGUGGCGAGUUGGCAGGCAAGGAGCAGAAGGUCCUGAAGGCCAGGGUGGAGGCGCCAAAGUUCGCCCCCUGGUCGCGGCAGGCCCUGCGCGCGGGGUGCGCCGCCCUGCAAGGGCCCUGGAGCGCCCUCUGCAAUUUUUCCGCCGCCGAGAUGUGCCAGGCCUGGCCGCCGCACUGGGCCCCGGAAGCGCCCAAGCUGGAUGCCGCUGCUGCGUGGCGGGCGGAAGCCGAGCGAGCUGGCCUGCCGCAGCGCCCGCCGGCGCCGUGGGCCCCCUUGCCGCUCGAGGCCUUCGUGGAGGGCCUGGCCCCGGCGAGCGGCUCGGCAGGCCUGGGCGAGUGGAUGCGCCACGAGCUUCGCGCCCUAGUGCGCUUAUACCACUUCCUGGUCCAGGAGCUGCACACGCUGCUGGCUCGUCUCACGAGAGCUGCGCCCCACGGCCGGACGAGGCCAGCGGGCUUCGUGGCGGUGCUCGACAUGGCGGGCGUGUCCGUGAAGCAGAACCCGCUCGGAUACCCCGACAUGCUCUCCACUCUGAGGGAGAUCAGCCAGAUCAACGCGCGGUAUUACCCGAUGGCGGUGGAGCACGUGUUCGUCGUGAACACGCCGCUGAUGUUCGACCUGAUCUGGACUACCGCUCGACCGCGCGCCGGCGGCCAGAAUGGGUAAAGAAGGCUUCUCCUGCCCUCGGGGGCAGCGUCGGGAGGGAGAGGAGAGGCGCUGGGGGGUACGCAUCGGCCCCCGAUCGUCCGUCGACGAACGCGCUCGGAAACAGCGGACCUUCAGUCGCCCUGUCGUCCCCCCCGCCCUUGACGUUCCCUCCCGCCUCCCGGCCCGAGGGGACUACCGUCUGCUGGCCGACGAGUGCGGGCGCGGGUGCCUUCCCGAGCGGCUGGGCGGCCCAGGGCGCGCUGAGGCGUAGCGCGCGUGGCGCGGCCCAGCCGGUCGCGAGGGCGCGGCGCCGCGCGCGCGCGGGAAGCCUCCUUCGUCGUCCCCUGCCCCGCCUGGUGUAUCUUAUUUCGUCUCUUCCUUCGUCCUCCCUCCCUCCCUCCCUUCCUCCCUCCCUCCGCCCUUCGUCCUCCCUCCCUCC